AACCGGCAUCCAUGUGAUGUGAUGUUUGACUUUUCCUUAAUACUCUAGGUGAUAGGUUGAUUUUUAAAUGAUAAACUUAAGCAGUGAGAAAUGUCUUUGUUCUAUAAACCUUUAUUCGUUUGUUAACCUUGACUAGAACCUUUGAUAGUAACACCAAUAAAAUUAUAAUCACGCAUGGGUUUAGCAACUUUGUUGAUCUGUCCCGGUGCAGUUCAUCUUUAUGUUCAAUUAUUUUUAUAGUCCCUCUUGAUUUGUACAUAGUCCCUCUUGAUUUUUACAUCUAAGCACUGAUUGGCUCUCCCAUAUGAUCUGGACUUGCUAGCUAGAAGGUGGAGGCUGACAUCGUCGUAGUUUAAGAUUAAUGCUGUCUUCACUACCUUAAAAAAAAAAAAAGGAUUAAUGCUUUCUUAGAAUGAAUGGUCAUAUUAGUUCAUUACUGGGAAGAUUGCUGUCGAGCUUUUGUUUCAGAAGGCAUAUAACACACAUCCAGUCCCUGUCUGAUCAUUAAUAUUUUCGUCAGUUGCGAUUCUUUCUGCAAAGAUAGGUUGUUGUCAUGGAUACACUUCUUAAAAGAUAUUCUGUUCCCAUGGAAACAUUCGUAUUUGAUCAGGGCUCAAUUUCAAACUAUUCUUAUCCAGAUCAUGGUAAUGGGUUUGAAGUAAAUCAUGAACUCAUCAACCCACUUUUCCUUCCUACCAACUUGGACCUUCUUAGUGAUUCUAGUACAUCUUUGAAGCCGACUUCAGACAGAAAUGGUGGCGACAUUAGUGACUACAAUAAUCCUGUUCUCAAGUAUAUAAGUGAUAUUCUUCUCGAAGAGGACAUUGAGGACAAGCCUUGUAUGUUACAGGACUGUUUGGCCCUCCAAGCUGCUGAGAAAUCUUUCUAUGAUGUCCUUAAUCCAAAGGAUGCUACAGUACUCAACCAAAGCUUUGAGAACUCGGAUGAUUACAGGGAGAGUUGUGAUAGCAAUGGUGGCUCUAUUUUUGGUAAGACAUAUGGGGUUGCUGAUCCUUCAGAAUCUUGUCAUUUCCAGUCUUCUCUUGUUGAGUGUCUAUCGGAUACCUCCUUGGUUUCUGAUUCAAGUUCUAAGCUGCAAAGUCCAGGCAAUUUUGGAAGGGUGGAGGAAGCAAACAAGUUCCAUGAAAAUUUUGAAGUCAUUGAUGCGGAGAGGUACCAAUUAAUGCUUCAAGGUCCUCAGACACUAAUAGGAUCAAAUUUGGUGUCUGAGCAACAGAGUGAUCGGUACAACUCAGCAAAUAGAUCAGAGGCAAAAAAAAUUCGUCAAAGGCAGGAUGCUCAUUGUCUGGAAGAAUGGAGAAGCAACAAGCAGUCAGUUGCCUAUUUUACUGACGACUCUGAGCCGCAAGAGAUGUUUGAUAAGGCAUUACUCUUUCAAGGUGUGAAUCACGAAGCCGAGUGUAGUGCUCAUCAUGAUUCUUUUAAUGAGGGAAGUGGGCAGUGCAAAGUAUCUAAGCCAGCACGUUCAAAGAGACAAAAUAAAAAGGAGAAAGUAGUAGAUUUGUGCACAAUGUUAACUCAAUGCGCGCAAGCUGUUGCAAGUUAUGACCAACGAAAUGCUAGUGAAUUACUGAAGCAGAUUAGACAGCACUCUUCUCCCUAUGGUGAUGCAACCCAGAGAUUAGCUCAUUACUUUGCUGAUGGCCUCGAGGUACGCUUAGCUGGCACUAGAACCCCGUCGUAUUCGCCUAUUGCAAGCAUGCAGAUAUCAACUGUUGAAAUAUUGAAAAGUUACCAGACGUAUGUCACUUCAACCCCUUUGAAGACCGUGCCACACUUCUUUGCCAAUAUGACAAUUAUGAAACUAGCAGAAAAAGCAACAAGUCUUCACAUUAUUGAUUUUGGUACUUCUUAUGGUUUCCAAUGGCCCUCUCUCAUCCAAUGUCUUUCAGAGAGACAUGGUGGACCUCCUAAGCUUCGUAUCACUACAAUUGAGCUUCCCCAACCAGGAUUUCGACCCACAGAGAGGGUUGAAGAAACUGGUCGUCGCUUAGCAAAGUAUUCUGCAAGAUUUAGUGUCCCAUUUGAGUUCCAUGUCAUUGCUCAGAAAUGGGAAACUGUUGGAUUUGAUGAUCUUAAGAUCGACAGAAAUGAGCUGAUUGUGGUCAACUGUCUACACCGGUUAAAGCACGUUCCUGAUGUGACAAUGAUGGGGAACAGUCCGAGAGACGCUGUCCUAAAGUUGAUCAAGAAAAUCAAUCCAGAAAUUUUCAUUCAUGGGGUUGUCAAUGGGGCAUACAACUCACCCUUCUUUCUCACACGUUUCAAACAGGCACUCUUCCACUACGAUGCACUCUUUAAUGUCUUUGAGGCCACAAUUCCUUGUGAGGAUCAACAACGACUGUUUUUCGAAAGAGCAGGAUAUGGUAGAGACAUAAUGAAUGUAGUGGCGUGUGAGGGACUGGAAAUAGUUGAAAGGCCUGAGACAUAUAAGAAGUGGCAGGUCAGGAAUGUGAGGGCUGGGUUCAAGCAGCUCCCAUUAGACCAGGAGCUGUUGAAGAAGGUGAAGACUAUGUCGAAGUCGAUGGGUUAUCACAAUGAUUUUAGUAUUGAUGAAGACGAGCAGUGGAUGCUGCAGGGAUGGAAAGGAAGAGUCCUCAUGGCUCUUUCCUUCUGGAAACGCGAGUAGGAGUUUCACAGUCUGUUUUUUUUGUAUGGUUUUCAAACUUUUCCUGUAAUCAUUCACAUAGGAAAUGGUCUUGUAUGCUACUGCAUGUUGUCAUGGUCUAAUGAUUUCAUUGUUAAUAUCCA